CAAGAAACAUGGGGGCCUCCGAAUGUGCAUUGAUUAUCGCGCCCUAAAUUGGGUUACGAUAAAAUCUCGCUACUUGAUCCCACGCCCGGACGACCUUACUGACCAGCUGCGAGGCACCCGCUAUUUCUCGAAGAUCGACCUUCGCGGUGGUUACUACCAGAUUCGCGUCUUCGCUGACGAUUGCCACAAGACCGCGUUUUGUACUCGCUACUGGAGUUACGAAUACACUGUCAUGCCGUUCGGGUUAACGAAUGCCCCCUUGACGUUCCACCUGACGAUGAACGGGGUAUUCUGGGAUCUACUCGACAACACGACGCGGGAGCAGCACUUAAAGGAACUGAAAGCAUUUUUCAGCGCCUGCAGCUUGUGACCGGAUCUUAUUAUCAUGUGU